UCAUUCAAAUUCCACCAUAUGAGGCAUGGAGGAAUCAAUUAACUCAUCUAUGAGCAGCUCCUUCUCCUGCUCCAUGGAUGGUUCAGAGGAGAGUGGCUGGACCAUGUACUUGGAGGACUUCAUGGCAUCAGAGGAGAGAUCACCGGCUGCUGGUGGCUGCAGCUCCUCCAGUGAUAUCUGUUUCUCAUCCACCAUCUCUGAUGCUGCUUCAUCCACUUUUGCUGCAUGUCAGCAGCCAUCGGCUAAAGCUGAUGCACCAGAAGAUUACAGAAAACUGUGUCUGAAGAGGAGGAAAGGAUUAAUGACAAAUGCUGAUUCUUUGGAAGAUACUGCUAGCUCAUCUCUUAAUAGCCCGAAGGUUAUUGAGAGUUACUUGACUAUCAAUCCAACGAAGAAAGAUUAUCACACCCUUCAGAAAGGCACACCACAGGCAUUUUUAUUUUUCCCCAUUUCAUUUAGUUUUGAUGCUUUUGCUAAUUUUGAUUAAAUAAAUUGGGGUUUUAGGUCAUGAAUGAGCAAGAACUGAAAGAAGUUGACGAUGAAUUCAAGUUUACUGAGGGGACAAAUGGAUCUUCAAUCGUGAAGAAUAGAGGGAUUUGUUUAAUUCCUUUGUCUAUGUUAGAAGACUACCUGUGGGAUAAACCUUCACUUUGGAUAAUUAACGAGCCUGGAAACUCUAAUUGUGCCCAUGAAGUUGUGGACAUUCGAUGUAUAUGGAUCUUUUAAUCAAUAUGUGUAAUCAAGGAUAUUUCCCUCC